GCCCCUGGCUGGUCUUGAACCCGGCCGCUUCUGACCAUCAUCAUUCCAUCAGUGGCCCAGUCUUCAACUGCCACAGCUGGUGAUGUAGGCAGCUAGCCUGCCCCUCUUCAUGCUAUUCCUACCAUAAGCCUUGGGUUACUUUGGGAUGUAAAUGCUUGUCUGUACAGGAUGCAGCAUUGUGGGUCCGAUACACGACCCACGAGAACUCCCUCAUUGUUGCGGUUUCUGAUGCAUACCAAGAAUAGACAGAUAACAAUAAGAAUGCCAUUUCGGUCUAGAGCCGAACUUGAGCGCAAACAAGUUAGUAUUUACCGGCUCUGGCGUUUCCGUUUCCCCCCUAGCCAUCUCUUUGGUCUUUCAACAACUCAACAUCAACGGACCUCCGACCACCCAGCCAGCAUCUCUCAGCUUCUCACGCUUAUCAUGGAGUUCCAACUGAUGGCGAAAUUCUUGGCGUCUCUUGUUGCGGCGUGGGUGUUCGCGCGUGUGCUCGCACGCCGGAACUACCCGCAAGAUGCAUCAGUCACACCGGGAAGCCCCCCUCCCGUGCUCUAUUCUUGGAUCCCGUACAUUGGGCACAUCUAUCAUAUCGCAACCAAGGGAUCCAACCUAUACUUCUCGUCACUAUGGUGAGUAAAAUGCUAGCUACCGCAGUGUACUGUGUAUCCUUUCCGCCCUAGGCUCACACCGAUGCCUUCAGCGCGGCCCAACGCUCGC